AGCAGGAGGAAUUUAUAGGUGUUUAAAACUAGUUGAAACAAGCUUUAUCGACAACUCCAAACCAUGAUCCACUGACUGGAGCAGCAGCUUUGAGAACAACAAUGAUAUAAAGCAGAACCAGCUGGACAGUAAAGACCUAAAAGACUUCUCUGGAAACAUCAACUGUGAGAAUAGCUUUUUUUUGUGGGAUUUUGUGGCAAGUACUCUAAUAAUGCCAAAGCCUCCUUUUAGCCAGAAAUGUUCCUUGGAACUCAGGGAAGGGAGGGUGAGAGGGAGAGGGAGGAUAAGUGUUUAUAGAGCAGACUUGCAAAACCUCGUACGACGACAGAGAACGAGGAGCAGACUGAGCUCGGCCUCACAGCAGACAUGUGUCAUAUCCCGACGCUCACACUCCUGUUGGUCCUGGCUGUCGCCGAUGGCUUGGGACCUGGGGAUACGACACAGGUCUUUCGAUGUCGAUGUAUCAAGAAGGAGAAAAGGCCCAUUAGACGUUACAUACAAACAGUGGUGGUGCACCCUGCCAACUCCCACUGCAGCGAGGUGGAGAUCAUUGCCACACUUAAAAAGAACGGACGAAGGAUUUGUCUGGACCCUAAAGCUCCGUGGGUUACAAGCAUUCUUCAGGGGGACAAGCCUAAGCAAAAACCUUUGGGAAAAAAACGCACCAGAUUCAGCACAGUUUAGAGAGCUUGCUGAAGAAAAAGGAAGAAAUAGUGAUGCAUCGAUAUUUUGAAGGACAAGUGUGGCUUCAUUUUCACUGAUCUGAAUAAAAUACAUUUUUAAUUUGAUUUUGAUUACAUUUUGAAACCAAUCCAAUGUUAUGAACCAUUAUGAAUCAAACAAAAUGGACCACGUGAAGCACAUGUAUAUGGUAAAGCCUAAGUUUUAGGUGGGAGAACAACGCCACCUCUUGGGCAACGGAGAGUACCACUAUGUGAGCCUUUAUUAGUAUUAGUAGUAUAUUAUUAUACUGCAACAUCAAUCCAGCUAUCCAACUAUCCUCAUUUUAUAUUGAGAAAAAAACUUUUAUUCUUGCAUGCAACAACUGCCAAACAAAAAGCAGCUUGUGAUGUUCGUUGUUAUUUGACAGAAAGUCAAAUGAAUUUGUUCAGUCACAAGUUCAGAAACACAGGGUCCCACCACUUCAGAACAGACGUUUGCUAAGUGGCUAUGAGUACCUCUUAGAAUCUAGUUUAUAGAUUAUAGGUCUUGUUUAUAAAGUUGUCAAAGUUGGCAGACGGCCACUGUCCAUCAUUACCAAAUCAUAUGUAAAGCCAAAGAGGAAAAAGUGCUUUUUGAUAUAAGAUGUUCAUUAAAAAUGUGCAUAAUAAAGUACUUUAAAUAUGCUGCUGAAGAAGUUACAAUGUUUUAUACGCAUCACCCAUGCACCUCUGUUUCUUGAUAUGUAUUGCUGCUUUAUCGCUCAAUAAAAAUAUAAUCCAUCUA